CGGAGCUCAUGUUUCUUGUUCUGGCUGAGGUUCCAAGAACUUGAGCAGGCUAAAUUCGCAAGCAAACAUGAUCACAGGGAAAUUACUUUCUCUGGAUCUUUGUUGUCAACAACGCAUUACUUAAAGGCAGCAUUUUUUAAUUCCAACAGAAGCUUUAACAGCCCCUGGGCAGAAUAUUUCUCUGGUAAUGGAAGAAAGAGACCAUCUCAAGAUGCCGUCUGAAGACACUGAGUCACCUUGGUCUUGGAUUCCUCUGAUGAAAGAUCCUGGCUGGAUCCGAAAUGUCUGGACUUGCAACCUGAAUGCACAAACCAUGAAUUACGUUGGGCAGUUAGCAGGCCAAGUCUUUGUGACUGUGAAGGAGCUCUAUAAAGGAUUAAAUCCUGCCACGCUGUCUGGGUGCAUAGAUGUCAUCGUUGUCCGCCAGCCUGAUGGGAACCUCCACUGUUCGCCUUUCCACGUGCGCUUUGGAAAGAUGGGAGUUCUGCGUUCGAAGGAAAAAGUGGUUGACAUAGAAAUCAAUGGAGAAUCUGUGGAUUUGCAUAUGAAAUUAGGGGACAACGGAGAAGCGUUUUUUGUAGAGGAAACUGGUGAUGACCAGGAAGCAAUUCCGUACCACUUGGCUACAUCUCCCAUUCUUACGGAGGGAACAGCCCUCAUGGAGUUACAGCUGAAGAGAAACUCUGUGGACAGGAUAAGAAACAUGGACACUGGAAGCAGUUCACAGCUACCAAACUCUGUUUCUUCAUCCGCUGUUGAGCCCACUUCUAGUUGUUCUGUGAAGAAAAGGAGGAAACGUAGAAGGAGAUCUGCCCACAAAAUAGACACUUCAAAAAGAGAUGAAAAUGACGAUACCACUGAAGAUGAAAACAUGUUCCCUAUAGAAAUCAGUUCCGACGAAGAAAAUGAGCUUUUAGACAAUACAAGAACAUCUGCCUCUGAUCUUUGUAGAGAUGAAGUGCUUGAGAUAAAUACAACUUCAAUCAGUGUGCUCCCUCACCACCAUUCGGAUGGAGAAUGGUCCCCUUCACCAAGUAAGCCCAGAACUUGCCCAGGGAAGUCCUCUCAUCUUACUGUUCCAGCAGAUGGAGGCUUAUCUAGUUCUUGCCCUCAGCAGUCUUCUCACUAUCCUGCUACAGACAGUCCUUCAGGUUCACGGCCCCCAACGCCUAAAAGUGAUUCCGAGUUAGUCAAUAAAUCUUUGGAAAGGGGCGUCCAGAAGAAUAAUCCACAAAUGCAUUGGGACUGGGGCGAACUACCUCAAGCCACAAAGUCUGCUAUUCCACUCAGGCUAAAAGAAUCCAGCUCUGUGGUGAAUGUGAAUCCUUCUGAAAGCACUCACUUUCGAGUCAUUCAAAACGACGUUCUGGAGGAUCUUCAGAGUAGUACUCCCUUACCUGCCGUUGAACAGGCGGAUGUUGUGCUGACUCUGGAAGAACCUGAGCUUCAAGAAGGAAUACCUGAGAUAAAUGAGCCAAACGUAGACAUGUUAGGGGCAGCUGCACCUCCACUCCCUGCAAAUGAAGACGUCAAGCAGGCUAUGGCUUGUUUGGCACAGCCAACAAGCGGCAAAACCGAUUCUCCCUCCAGGAAAAAAGAUAAGCGUAGCCGACAUCUUGGUGCUGACGGUGUUUAUUUAGAUGACAUCACAGAUAUGGAGCCAGAGGUUGCUGCACUCUAUUUUCCUAAAAAUGACGAACCUGCCGCCCAGUCGAAGGUUGCGAGUGAAAAUGCACCCCGCUCAGCGAACCAGUCCCCUCAGACAGUCGGAAGCUCAGGUAUCGAUAGUGGCAUCGAGAGCACCUCAGAUGGAAUAAGGGACCUGCCGUCCAUUGCUAUCUCACUUUGCGGGGGACUUAGUGAGAACAAAGAAAUAUCUAAAGAAAAGUUCUUAGAACAAGAAGUAAGUUAUCAGCAGUUUGUGGACAAUCCUGCUAUUAUCGACGACCCUAACCUUGUGGUGAAGAUUGGAAGCAAGUACUACAACUGGACUACAGCAGCUCCUCUUCUGCUGGCGAUGCAAGCAUUCCAGAAACCUUUGCCAAAGGCCACUGUGGAUUCUAUAAUGAGGGAUAAGAUGCCAAAAAAAGGUGGAAGAUGGUGGUUUUCAUGGCGAGGGAGGAAUAGCUCUAUCAAAGAGGAAGCGAAGCCUGUGCCAGGUCUGAGUGGAAAAGAAGAGUUGAACAUUCAAGACAGAAUCAAAGAUGAGUCUUCUUCAAGUGAUGAAGACCCUAGAGCUUCAAGUCAACCCUUUGCAUCAUCAUCAAACCCUGGUCAUCUUCCAUUAUUGUCUGGAGUGGGUUACAAAAAGACCCUUCGACUCAGUUCAGAACAGCUUAAAAGCCUGAAUCUUAAGAAUGGCCCCAACGAUGUGAUUUUCAGUGUUACAACACAGUACCAAGGGACGUGCCGCUGUGAAGGCACCAUCUACUUGUGGAACUGGGAUGACAAGGUCAUUAUUUCUGACAUUGAUGGCACAAUUACGAGGUCAGAUACUUUAGGUCAUAUUUUGCCCACUCUUGGCAAAGAUUGGACACAUCAAGGGAUUGCCAAAUUGUACCAUAAAGUGAGCCAAAAUGGGUAUAAGUUCCUAUACUGUUCUGCACGUGCGAUAGGAAUGGCAGAUAUGACCCGAGGAUACUUGCACUGGGUUAACGAACGAGGAACAGUGCUGCCUCAAGGUCCUGUAUUACUGAGUCCCAGCAGCUUGUUCUCAGCUUUCCACAGGGAAGUAAUAGAGAAGAAGCCAGAGAAGUUUAAAGUUCAGUGCCUAACGGACAUCAAAAACUUGUUUCAUCCCAACACAGAACCGUUUUAUGCUGCUUUUGGCAAUAGGCCUGCUGAUGUGUAUUCAUACAAGCAAGUGGGAGUUUCACUAAACAGAAUAUUCACUGUUAAUCCUAAAGGGGAGCUAAUUCAAGAGCAUGCAAAGACCAACAUCUCAUCGUACGUGAGGCUCUGCGAAGUGGUAGAUCACGUAUUUCCCCUGUUGAAAAGAAGCCAUUCUUCAGACUUCCCCUGUUCUGACACCUACAGUCAGUUCACAUAUUGGAGGGAUCCGCUGCCACCUUUUGAAAACCAGGAGAUGCAUCCUCAUGUGCCAUAAUAUUCGGCUUCUGAACCUUCUCGGCAGCAGUUUGAACACUCUUCGGUGAUGCACCUGGAUUUUGCCAUUUGCAGUUCACCUGGAGUUUGGGAUGUAGUGAACAUUUUGUUUAAAUGUGCAGUUCAGAAAUUUCUUUUUUUCUUUUUGUCCUGUAAAGUAACAUUUCUGAAUGUCACGCUCCCAGAUCUCCUGCAACAGCAGGCUCAAGAUACAUGCCAUAUAGUCUUAUUACAGAAGGGCAUUUCUGAGUGCCUUGAUGAUAAUGAUGGGAUUUCUAGAAAGCAAUGUGUCUUCAUUUUUCCCAUGCCUGCUUUUUUUGUGGGGUGUGGUUCCAGUCUGAGGCAUCACUUGGGGUCUUCCGGCCCCUAGUUUUCAGGUAGAGAAGGAAGACAGCACUUGAAACCUCUGAGCGGAAAUGCCUGCUUUUACUAGAACCGCCACCUUUUGAUCCACAAAGUAUGAUUUGAUUUAUCAAUUGGUCAAGUCAAUUGGUCAAGUCAAUUGGUCUACAGCUAGUCUAUAUAGCACACAGCUAUUGUCACUAUUGCUGUACUAGCUUGAACUGGCUGAGUGUGUGGCUCCCAGUUCUAUAAUGCCAAACUGGAUUUUAAACUUGAGGGUUGUUGCUUUUUGUUUUUAAAAAAGGUCUUGUGUGUUUGCGUAAGAAACAUUGCGGUGCAGCUCCCUUAAAAUGAACAAAAGAAGGGGGUUAAGCAGCACUGAGUGCUGCCUGACGUGUGUGCAUGUUGACUAAUCUGGAUCAAGGCUAUAAUUUAAAGUAAGAAAAGGUUUGGGACUGGAGCUGCUGUUCUUAUUUCACAUCAAAUUGUGCCUGAAUUAAGGAGUAAUUGGACAUGCUGGUUCUUUUGCAUCACAAUACCCUUCAGGCCAUUUCAUACGAUACAAUUGCUCAGAUACCUUAUGCACCCUUGAGCCAGCUGGGCAUGACAUACGUGCCUGUAAAACCGAGAGUAGACCCAUUGAAAUCAAUGGUCUUAGAGGUUAGUCAUGACUUUGCUGUUUGCCAAUCAGUGUGUUUCCCAGCAAAAUAUACGGAGGUCUUUCCAGGUUGCUCCUUCUGUGUGUGUUCGCCACGAAAACGGGUUCCAUUGAAAUGCAUAUGUACCAUUCUUGGCAGGUACACGGUACAUUGGUUUCCGUCCAUAACUGCGAAAAAGAAAAAAGCAUUUUCAGAAGUGGCCUUUAUUUGCUUUAUAAACUUCAAGGGAGCUGUGUUGCUGGGCCAACACUUCCCCCCCCCCAUUUGCACUAUCUGUAGCUGUGAUUGAUGUGCACUCCUUUGUUGAAUGGGGAAGGAGAAGGAUUUCUCUUGCUAUGGUUCUCUCCCCACAACUUUAAUAUAAUUUGAGUGCCAUAUAAUAUUACCAGCUGUCACCGGGAGUUUUCUUUUUAUGUUUCAAUCUUAUGUUUUUUUCUUCUCUGCAUGAUUGCAAUAGGUCUUGGUUGGUCCUAAUUUUUUUGGGGGGCGUAGCUGAUGGCAUUUGACUGCCUUGAGAUUUAAUGGUAUGCAUUACAAGUGAAUGUUCCAGGUAAUUUAUAUUUUAUUUUUCAGAGAUGCUGCUUUUUAUAAGUUGCCAGCCUUCGUUAAAAACACAGGCUUCCACUUGCCAUAUGCCAAAUAAUACUAAAGCAAAACAACAAAAAAGAAUGUUUUUUUUUUACAGUUGCAUUGUUUUAAAUGAUAUUUAUUUAACCAGGUCAUUGGCCUGAUCCAGCGGGCUCUUCUUGCGUCCUUAGGGGGUAUUAUCUGAUAGGCCAGGCGUGAUGAUGCCAGAUCUGUGGGUUGCUCUCAGAUCUCUUUAAAUUCAGGGUUUGGGGGGCGAUUUAAAGCGAAAUUGCGGGCAAAAGAGCAUUGCUGAAUUCUUCCCCCAAUCUUGCUUCCCCUCUGAAGCUGGUUUUCCCCAGCCAUUUCUCUUCUCCUGUUCUUGGAGAGCAGAUGUACUGUAACCUACUGCUGCCACCAGGAGAAAAGCAACUGGGAAGCAGCCAUUUUGGAAGCCACCUUCAGAUGCACCCCACCCGCAGUUUCUUUUUAAUUCAGCAGGUUCUCCAUUUAUUCGGACAGGUUGUUAGGCAAUAAUAUGUACAAAGAGCCUAAAAUUGUCAUCUCUGUAUUCUGCCAUUUUAAAAAAAAUAUGUAUUUCAUGAUUACAGUUUUAAUAGGUCAACAGUAAAGAAAAUGGUUUCCGUUGAGUCAUAA